UUCGUCAUAUCCUGUUUAGACGUCAACUUCCCGUCUUCCUUCUGUCCAAUACAACAAUGGCGACGUGUACUGAGGACUGUGCCUCAGCUGCUGAUGAAGAGCCGACUGAGAGUCUAGCAUCGCAGAAGAGAGAAGCGAGGCUGCGGAAGUUUCGGGAGUUGCAUUUUAAACGGAAUGAAGCACGCAAGCUCAAUCACCAGGAGGUUGUGGAGGAGGACAAGAGGCUGAAACUCCCGGCCAACUGGGAAGCCAAGAAAGCCCGGCUGGAGUGGGAGCUUGCUGAAGACCAGAAGAAAAAGGAAUGUGCUGCUAGAGGGGAGGAAUACGACAGAGUGAAACUGCUGGAGAUCAGUGCUGACGAUGCAGAACGGUGGGAAAGGAAGAAGAAGAAGAAGAACCCGGACCCGGGAUUCUCAGGUUAUGCCGAGGCCCAACUGCGGCAAUACCAAAGGCUCACCAAGCAGAUCAAACCAGACAUGGAAGGCUAUGAGAGACAGAAAGAGGAGUGCGGCGAGGACUUCCACCCCACCUCCAACAGCCUGAUCCACGGCACCCACGUCCCCUCAAAGGAGGGCAUUGACCGCAUGGUGGAAGAUGUUGAAAAGCAGAUUGAGAAGCGAGCCAAGUACAGUCGACGCAGGGCCUACAACGAUGAUGCAGACAUCGACUACAUCAACGAGAGGAACGCCAAGUUCAACAAGAAGGCGGAGCGUUUCUACGGCAAAUACACAGCAGAGAUCAAACAGAACCUGGAGAGAGGCACUGCUGUCUAGCCGGCCCAGCCAGCUCAGUGGACAUUUUCAUUGCAAUUUUUUUGUCUCUUCGGAGGCUUGGAAGCAUCUUCUUCAGUCACAGUUCUAGCUGUAUACUCGCCGUUCUCUUUACAGAUACAUUACAGUGCUCAAUAUCAGAUUGUGUAGUGUUGCAGCUGUCCAACAUUUUUAUUUUCCAAAUAUGUUGUUUUUUGUGCCUGUUUUCACUUAAGUAUUAAAAUCUGCAAAUUAAAUUGGAUGUGAGAUGCAUAAUGACUUCAGUUAUUUCAAGAUUUAAGCAUACUGUGUUUCUUUGUACAGUCAAAACAACACACUAGAUAUUAUUAUUAGCCUGUAUUUUAUUUUUAAAUAAACCACUUUUGACAAUUUGG